AUGAGAAUCGAAUGCAAUUCAAUCGAGGUCGUACUAAGCGUGGGAAUAUGUGCAUGCACGCGUUUGACUCCGAGGUCGCGUCCGAGGUCGCGUCGAAGUGGGCUUGGACUCGCACCACGACUACACGCAUUCUCUACCAUGGAUGACGACGAUUUUCUGUACGGGGACUCUGCGCCAGCUGCUCCCGCGCCAGUAGAAGCCCCGGCCACACCAGCGCAGCCAGUCGCCCCUACACCAGCGCCCGAAGCGAAGGAUGAAGACGAGGAGGCGGACUUCCCUAUAUUUGGCUCAGCCGAGCCUGAACCCGAGCCAGUAGCUGUUCAGCCUGCCGAGUCGGCUGCCAGUACGAAUGACCCGUCACGUGCGGCGUCUGAGGCGGCACCUCCAGUCCGCGAAGCCAGUGUGCCGAUGGAAGAGAGUGAGGAGGAGGAAGAGGAAGAGGAGAGCGACGAUGAUGUCGAGUUUAUCAUGGAGCCCGCGUCUCGCAGCUUGGAUCUACGACCGAAUCGAGGCGGUGUACGGAACAAUAGUGCUGUAUUCACGCCUACAAGAGCCUCGACCGGACCUGCGCCUUCAUUAACCACUGAGUACACCCCACGCGACCGCGCAACAGCAGCGCCAGCACCUGCCCUACCUGCCGCUACGCCGCAAUCCACUCCUGCGCCACAGCAGGCCCCAACGGGCAGUCAACCCGCUGCAGCACCGGCACCCGUAGAAGAACCUGUGGAUGAGGGACCGGAUCCUUCUACGCUACCACCGGUGAAAGCGCCCGGGUCGCACCCGCCUAUUGAUCCCGCUGCGACUGCUGUCGUCGACGGCCGUCCAGUGUAUGAGGUCGACCUAGCAAACCUGGCCGACAAGGGUUGGAGGAGACCAGGCGCCGACCUGAGUGACUGGUUCAACUAUGGUUUUGACGAGAUAAGCUGGGAGGCGUACUGUUUCCGCAGGAGAGAAUUGGGCGAUGCUGCAGAGGUCUUGAAGACGAACGUCCUUACAUUCGCCGGUAUGCCUGAAGAGCAAAUCACACAACUACCACCCGAAGUCCGCCAGAUGGUCAUGGCCGGUACUAACGCCAUGAUGGCCGGCGGCGCGAACCCGCAAAUGAUGCAAGGCAUGAUGGGUCCGGGCGACAUGGGCGGGAUGAACGGGAUGGGCAUGGACAUGCAAAAUAUGCAAAAUAUGCAGAACAUGCAGAAUAUGGGGAUGAUGAAUGUCAACCCGAUGAUGGGCGGGAUGCCAGAGAUGGGUAUGGACGGUGGUGCUCAGCAGGGUGGAAUGGGCGGUGAAGGAUUCGGUCAGCCUGGCGGAAUGCCCAUAGGCAUGCAGGGCGACUUUGGGAUGCAGGACCCGGCUAUGCAACAACAAAUAUACCAGGCAAUGGAACAGCAACAGGCGCCCACGCCCAUGCAGGGCGCACUACCCACUCAGGUGAACCCGAACGCCGGGCAGCAGCCACAGCAGCCGAACCAGCAGCAGACGCAGGGCAUGCGCGGCGGGUCAAUACCUCAAACUCAGUAUCAGCGUGGGCGCGGAGGAUCGCCACAGGUUCAGCGGGGUGCCGCGCGUCAAUUCGCCGGACGUGGGAGAGGGACGCCUACCGCUCCUGCGCGUGCAGCAUCACCUCUGCCUCCCAACGUGCCCACCGGACCCCGCAACGCCAACAAAUACAAGGACCGCGACAACAAUGCUCCGGCGGUCGACGGUCUGGACUAUGGCGGCGGCGAGCGUAGUAGCCGAACACCCACUGAUGCUCACGAAGACCGGACAGCAAGAAAAAGACGAGAACGGUCACCAACCGAUGAUCGUGAGCGUCGCGACUCGAAGAGACGAUGA